AGACAGACAGAGGAUGAGAUGGGCCCAUGAGAUGAGAGAUAUGCUCACGAAUAAUCAAUCACGCUAUUAAAACUACUGCUCCGCUACUUGCUGCCUAGGCUAAGCUACUGCGCACCCCUGUCUUCAAUCUCUUACCCUGCGCAUCUUCCAAUCCUUUAAAACUAACACCAUCGCCACUCUCGCACCAAAACCUUUCGCCAAAAACUCGGGAUCUCAGAUUCCACGCGCCAAACCAUGUCCAAGGCGCGCGUCUACGCCGAUGUCAAUGCUCUUCGUCCCAAAGAGUAUUGGGACUAUGAGUCCCUCACCCUUCAGUGGGGUGAUCAAGAUGAUUAUGAAGUUGUGCGAAAAGUGGGCAGAGGGAAAUAUAGUGAGGUUUUUGAAGGCAUAAAUGUUAAUAGCAAUGAGCGCUGUAUAAUCAAGAUUCUGAAACCUGUCAAGAAAAAAAAGAUUAAAAGAGAGAUAAAAAUACUUCAGAAUAUUUGUGGAGGACCAAAUAUUGUCAAGCUUCUUGAUAUUGUCAGAGAUCAGCAUUCCAAAACUCCUAGUUUGAUAUUUGAGUAUGUCAACAGCACGGAUUUUAAAGUUCUGUACCCAACCUUGACUGAUUAUGACAUACGCUAUUACAUAUAUGAGCUCCUUAAGGCCCUUGAUUACUGCCACUCUCAAGGCGUUAUGCACAGGGAUGUCAAGCCUCAUAAUGUUAUGAUUGAUCAUGAGUUACGAAAACUUCGUUUGAUUGAUUGGGGUCUUGCUGAAUUUUAUCAUCCUGGAAAGGACUAUAACGUUCGUGUAGCUUCAAGAUACUUCAAGGGUCCUGAACUUCUAGUUGAUCUGCAAGAAUAUGACUACUCAUUAGACAUGUGGAGCCUUGGCUGUAUGUUUGCUGGAAUGAUAUUUCGCAAAGAACCUUUCUUUUAUGGCCAUGACAACCAGGAUCAGCUUGUAAAAAUAGCUAAGGUGCUUGGGACUGAUGAACUGAAUGCGUAUCUUAAUAAGUAUCAUCUGGAACUUGAUCCUCAACUUGAUGCGCUUGUUGGAAGGCACAGUCGAAAGCCCUGGUCUAAAUUUAUCAAUGCAGAUAAUCAGCAUCUUGUGUCUCCUGAGGCAAUUGAUUUUCUUGAUAAGCUUCUUCGAUAUGAUCACCAGGACAGGCUAACAGCUAAGGAAGCGAUGGCACAUCCAUAUUUCUCUCAGGUAAGGGCAGCAGAAAGUAGCAGAAUGAGGACAUAGUAACUAUAGAUCACUUAUGGAUCCAUAAACUUGAGUUAAUAUAUUUGGAAUUGUUUUAUGAUAUCCGAACGCCCAUCUUCGUUACCUUCUUUUUAUCACAGUAGUUUUCCCGUGGAGUGUAUCCAUAAUAUGUUCACAUGAGGAAUAAUGUUAUUGACAGUUGUUGAAAGUGAAAGGAUCUUGAAAGUUAUACAAUGUUAAAUAAUCUUGGGUUGUUAGAUUUGAAAAAA